AUUUCCUCCCCAGCUUUCCCCAGUGAUCGGCAUCAUGAGGUUCGUGCCUGUACCACCAAGUUGCAUCCUUGGUGAUAAGGUCCAAGAGAGUAAUGAAUCUUCAGCAUCUUCCGUCUUGGUCCCAAAUUUUUCCUGGAGAUAUAACCUGUUAAACAGCACCACAUGGUUCUAUAUUAAUUCAUUUGUCUUCAGUAAACAUCCUAAAGCCUGACAAUGUCUUCAGUCGACGGUGAACACAGCCUUGGCGGAGACGCUCUCAAAACCACUUUGAAAUCUCCUCAGGCAGGAGAGAAAAAUAUUGAGAAUGUAGAAACUGGUGAGACCUCUUGCCAUCCGACAGUCGCAGAAGAGAAUGCAUUGCUAAGAAAGAUUGAUUGGCGGUAAGUAACGUAGUUCUGAGAUAGAUGAGACACGAAAUCUAAUAAAGAAGACAGGUUGAUGCCAUUACUGGCGGCUUCCUAUUUCUUGCAAUUCCUCGACAAAACCAGUCUCAACUAUGCUUCAGUAAUGGGCUUAAUUGUUGAUACUGAACUUAAAGGCCAGGAAUAUUCAUGGCUGGGAAGUGCUUUUUAUUUUGGCUAUCUGAUUGCUAACUACCCAGCGUCCCUGGGAUUCAUCAAAUUUCCACUAGCCAAAUACCUCUCAGUAUCAGUUGUCCUCUGGGCUAUUGUGUUAGGCUGCCAUGGAGCUGCAAAUAGCUUUAUUGCAUUGUGUAUUCUCCGCGUCCUCUUAGGAAUAAUGGAGAGUACUAUCAGCCCCGGUUUCAGCUUGUUGACUGGUAUAUGGUAUAAGCCUUCCGAACAUGCUUGGAGACAUGGCAUAUGGUUCUUAGGAAACGGCAUCGCCAACACCUUUGGAGGCAUAUUUGCGUACGGUAUUGCUCAUAUUGGAGGAAGUCUGGAACCAUGGAGAGUGAGUCAUCUACCAACUGUUCUAAUAAAUUAUACCUUACGCAUUUUUGUAGUGGUUAUUUAUCAUAUUUGGAUUGGUUACCGCCUCAUGGGGAGUCAUACUCUAUUUUGCUUUGCCUGAUUCUCCAUUGACUGCUAGAUUUCUCACACAACGCGAGCGAGAAAUUGCUGACCGUCGGCCACAAAAGAUACAACAUAGUUUCAAAACGGAUAAAUGGUCAAAAUCUCAAUGCAUUGAGGCAUUGAUUGAUCCCAAAACAUGGUUGAUAUUCCUGAUCAUUGGUGUCUCCUCAAUCACUAAUGGUGUGAUUACUAAUGCAAGAACCCCUCGCUUGUGUAGUAUCCCUCUUUGACUAACGAGUUACAAGUUCGGAGCUCUAAUCAUCAAGUCCUUUGGCUUUACCGAACUGAAUACUAUUCUACUCGGCAUGCCCUAUGGAGGAUUCCAAAUUGUAGCUGUGAUUGCCGCGACCUACACCGCCUCAAAAGUCCGGAGAUCUCGCCUUAUAAUCAUCAUUGUAGGAUCUCUCCUUGCUUUGGUCGGUAUCUUGUUAGUCAAAGAAGUUCCAACAUCCAACAGAUAUGGACGUUUGGUUGGGUGCUGGGUGGUGGUUUGGUUUUCGUCUGGCUUUCCUCUGCUUUUGAGCUUGAUGGCAAGCAGUAAGUUAAUCCUUCUAUGAAGUUGUAGAAUAUCACGUCACCUUUCUAACAGAAUUCACAAAGACACAGCGGGAUUCACCAAGAAAACUACCGUCAAUGCUAUCUUCUUCAUCGGAUACUGUGCCGGCAACAUUGGCGGACCUCAACUAUUUAAAUCUGCCGAAGCACCAAAUUACCACGUAUGAACUUCUCACUCUUGAAUCGAAAGUUGAAGACUAACUAGUUCAACAGACAGCAUACAAUGGCAUGAUUGCUUGUCUAGUCAUCGCAAUCGCGCUGUCAAUUGUGCUCAGGCAGUACAUGGACUGGGAGAAUAAGCGGCGCGAUCGCGAGCAGGGAGUCUAUAUUGACCCCGAACCUAGACAUGUGGUGGACAUUGAUGAGGUAGACUUAGAGGGUGAGCGUGUUGUAUUGACCGAUUGGGAGAACAAGAGAUUCCGUUACUAUUUGUAAAUCGUAUGCAUGGGGGCACUUUGUAAUCUCAGGGAUAUGGAAUGAAUGAAUGAAUGGAGCAAUAUUUCUACUCGUCGAGUAGCAACUGUUUUCUAAAUAUCAAUAACUGCGAGGGUGAACUCAAAAGCUGAAUAAUAGCGAAUUGAACUUUCAAUUCAGG